ACACCAGGCUCGGGGUCCCCCUGUCCCGGGGCGCAUCCCCACUGCGCCACCCCUUCCCAGGCGCUGACGCCUCCCAGUUCAGCCCAGUUCAGCCCAGUUCAGUCCCGUCCGGCGGGUGCUGCUGGCUCCAGUCCCUGCUUUCGUGCCGCCGGGCGCGGAGGCGCUCGCAGGGCUGCGGCUGAGUCCGCCCGGGCACGGCACCGGCCGGGGUGGGGGCCGGGGGCACCCACCGGGUCCCCGUGGGGGCGCCGAGCGGCGGAGACCCCACACCUGGGCAGGUGGUGGCUCUGUUCCGGGGCGGGGGGACCCCCCCGUGCACCGGCAGUAAACAGGAUACGAGCGGCUGCGGCGGGGAGACAGCGGCAGCAUCACCCCACCCCCGGCAGAGCCGGUUCGUGCCCCCCGAGACCCCUCCCAGAGCGAUGUCGGGGUGGUGGCGUGUCCCAGGUUGCCCCGAGGGGGUCGGGGGGUGUUUGGGUUCCCCUGUGUGUGGUGAGGGGGUCCCUGGGGAUGGUUUGCUGCGGGCUGUGGCGGGGUUGGCACCCACCGUGCCCAGGUCCUGGGCUGGCAGUCCCGGGGCUGGGACAGGGGCACCUGUGGGGCAGGGAAGGGACCCUCCGAGGGGCUGGGGACAGGCUGGGACAGGGCCACCCGUGGGGCGGGGUCAGAGUCACCUCUGGGGCUGGGGGCAGGGCCGCUGGUGGAGGUGGGACAUGCCAGGGCUUGGCUCUGUGGGUGCCCAGGAGCCCGGGGUGCGCUCGGGGGGGCUCAGGCUGAUCCUGCCCCACGGCUGCUGCAAUUUCCUGCCCUCGGUGACACCCGGCAGCGCUUUCCCAACGCCGGGGACAGGAAGGGCCGUGGUGAGGCAGCGCCGGGCAUGGGGCAAGACCCCUCCGGGAGAUGUGAUGAGCUGCGUACGGUCUCAGCCUGGUUCGGGCUCAGCCCAUCGCGGGGGCAGCCAAACCCCUUGUGCCAUCUGUCCGUGUGCCCUGGCAGCCGGUGAAUCCCUGGGAACGCGGGCAGGGGCAGAGCCAGCCCUGAGCAAACACGCCGGGCAAACAGCGGCCGCGGGCAGGGCCGGGCUGGCACGGAGCCGGCGGCGGGAGGAGCGGCCCGGUGCCCCCGGUGCCGGCUCGGGCUGCCCGUGCCCUUCCUGCGCUCCCGGACCCCGUCCCGCUCCUCGCCUGAGCCGGCGGGGGUCGCGGGGGUCGCGGGGGCGCGGCUGAGCUGCUCCCACUCGUCCUUGCAGCGGGAUGAGCGGGGGGGACCCUCCCCAUCCCCAUCCCCAUCCCCAUCCCCAGCGGCGCCCAGCUGCCCGUCCCGAUGCUGGCAUCGCUGCUGCACGCCCGGCACGCUGAGCACGCCGUGUCCCCGGCCGGGCCGGCCCCGCGGGCUGUCCCCGCGCUGUCCCCCAUGGCGCUGGAGCCCGAGGCGCUGCUGGACCUGAGCUUCCUGACGGAGGAGGAGCGCAGCUCCAUCGCCCGGGUGCUGCAGCGGGACUGGCAGCUCCGCCGCCGGGAGGAGGGGCGCAUCAGCAAACUCCGCAAGUCGGUGUCGGACCCGGCGCGGCUACGGAGCCUCACCGGGGACUGGUUCUGCGACGCCCGUGCCCAGCGCCACCAGCCCCGCCUGGGCUCCGACCUGGUCCGAGCCUCCAUCCGCCGCAGGAGGCGGCCCCGGGGAACCGGGGAACCGGACCGCGGCCCCGGCCUGGAGGCCAUCGAGGAGCCGCUGGCAGAGGAGAAGGAGGAUGAGGAUGGUGCGUUGGAGACGGACGAGAGUUCCCCCCCAGAGGAGGUGCAGGAGGCCACUGAGCCCCAGCCCAGCCCCCCCGCCCCGGCUGCAGAGGGGACCCCGAGGGCACAGCCCGUGCUGCAGGGUGACAUCCCAGCGAGGGAGCAGCACAGCCCGGCCCAGGCAGGUGGCACUGGCACGGGGGGUGGCACCUCCCUGGGCUCGUCCAGCACGGAGGGGGAUGAGGAUGAGGAUGAGGAGGAGCCGGACUCGGCACACGGCAGCCACAAGGCUGGGCAGAGACCAGAGACCCCCCAGGCGGAUCAGAACCCCCCAGACCCACUGUCCCCACAGAACAGCCACGCUCCCCCGAGCCUGCUGAGCACCAGCUCCUCUGUGUCCAGCCUCAGCUCCUCCACGCUGAGCGGGAGCCUGAUGAGCCUGUACAGCGAGGGGGAGCUGGGCAGGGUGGCCGUGCGGGGCUGCGUGCAGUUCUCCCUGCGCUACCAGCCGGCCCAGAAGGAGCUGCAGGUGCACGUCCUGCGCUGCCGGGAGCUGGCCGAGGCCAAGAAGCAGCGCUCGGACCCGUACGUCAAGACCUACCUGCUGCCGGACAAGUCCAACCGCAGCAAGCGCAAGACCGCCGUGAGGAAGAGGAGCUUGGAUCCCGUCUUCAAUGAGACCCUCAAGUACAAGCUGGAGAAGAGGGACCUGCAGGGCCGGACCCUGAACCUCUCCGUGUGGCACCACGACAGCCUGGGCAGGAACCUCUUCCUGGGGGAGGUGGAGGUGGCACUGGGCACCUGGGACUGGGCCAACACACGGCCCGAGUGGUUCAGUCUCCAGCCACGGAUGCCCAUCCCCUCGGACGGCCUCGCCAGCCGUGGCCGCCUCAACCUGGCGCUGAAGUUCAUCCCCGCCGGCUCGGAAGGAGGGGGGAUGCCACCCACGGGCGAGCUGCACAUCUGGGUGAAGGAUGCUCAGAGCCUCAUCCCGCUGCAGAGCGGCACCGUGGACGCCUUCGUGCAGUGCUACGUGCUGCCGGAUGACAGCAAGGCGAGCCGGCAGAAGACGCGGGUGGUGAAGCGGAGCCUGAACCCCCUCUUCAACCACACCAUGGUGUACGACGGCUUCCAGGCCAAGGACUUGGCCGAGGCGUGCGCCGAGUUCACCCUCUGGCACCACGAAGCCUUUUCCAAGCGCCAGCUGGGCGGCAUCCGGCUCAGCCUGGGCACGGGGAGCAGCUACGGGCUGCCCGUGGGCUGGAUGGACUCCACGGCCGAGGAGAAGGGCGUGUGGAGGCAGCUGCUGCAGCAGCCCGGCCUCUGGGUGGAGGCGCUGCUCCCCCUGCGCACCGACCUGGUGCCCCGGGCGUAGCCCCCCGGGACCAGUGGGACCGUGGGAUCCGAGGGUGGGGACCUGGGGUCUGUGCCCUCCCCUCCCAGCAGCAAUGAAGUGGCACCAGCGGGCA